GGGCCCGGCUUCCUGAAGGGAGGAUGGGCUAGGGCAGGCACAGUGCCGGAGAAGAUGCCCUCUUGGGCCCUCUUUGUGGUCCCCUCCUGCCUCCUUCUGGCCCCCCAAAACCUGGCACAAGUCACCAGCCAAGAUGUUUCCUUGCUGACCUCGGAUUCAAAGCCCCUGAACUGUUUCUCCCAAACAUUUGAGGACCUCACUUGCUUCUGGGAUGAGGAAGAGGCAGCACCCAGUGGGACAUAUCAGCUGCUGUAUGCCUACUCAGGAGAGAAGCCUCGUGCCUGUCCUCUGAGUUCCCAGAGCGUGCCCCCCUCUGGAACCCGAUACAUGUGCCAGUUUCCAGCCCAGGAUGAAGUGCGCCUUUUCUCUAAGCUGCACUUUUGGGUGAAGGAUGUGUUCCUGAACCGGACUCUGACUGAGUGGGUACUGUCUGUGGAUACUGUGGGCCUGCCAGCUCCCCCCAGUGUCAUCAGGGCCACGGGUGGGAGCCAGCCAGGGGAACUUCAGCUACGUUGGGAGGCUCCGGCUCCUGAAAUUAGUGACUUCCUGAGGCAUGAACUCCGCUAUGGCCCUGUGGAUCCCAAGAACACCACCGACCCCAGAGUCAUGCGGCUGCUCCCCACAGAGACCUGCUGCCCCACUCUAAGGAGGCCAAACCCAGCUCCUGCUUUGGACCAGCCUCCAUGUGUUCAACCCACAGCACCCCAACAGCACGGGCCAAGGCAGACUUCCCCAACCAGAGAAGUUCCAUCUCUGCCUGUGAUGGGUGGAAGCUGCCUCAUUUCCGGACUCCUGCCUGGCAAUUCUUACUGGCUCCAGCUGCGCAGCCAACCUGAUGGAAUCUCUUUCAGUGGUUCCUGGGGGCCCUGGUCCCUCCCUGUAACUGUAGCCCUGCCUAGGGAUGCAGUGGCAAUUGGCCUGCAAUGCUUUACCUUGGACCUGAUGAAUGUUACCUGUCAGUGGCAGCAACAGAACCAUACUCAAUCCCAAGGCUUCUUCUACCACAACAAGGCUCAGUGCUGCCCUGGAGACAGGGACCUCAUCUGGGAGAAGUGUGAAGAGAAGAAGAAAACAAAUCUAGAAUUACAGCUCCCUCAGCUCUCCCGCUGCCAUUUCAAGUCACGAAAUGAUAGUGUUAUUCAUACCCUUGUAGAAGUGACCACAGCCCAGGGUGUUAUUCACAGUUACCUGGGCUCCCCUUUCUGGAUGCACCAGGCUGUGCUCAUUCCCACCCCGAACCUGCACUGGAAGGAGUUCUCCAGCGGGCAGCUGGCAUUGGAGUGGCAGCACUCAUCAUCUUGGGCAGCCCAAGAGACCUGCUAUCAACUCCGCUACAUUGGAGAAGGCCAUCAGGACUGGAAGGUGCUGGAACCGCCUCUUGGGGCCCGGGGAGGGAGCCUGGAGCUGCGCCCCCGAUCUCGCUACCGCUUACAGCUGCGCGCCAGGCUCAACGGCCCCACCUACCAAGGCCCCUGGAGCGCUUGGUCAGAGCCCGUGAGCGUAGAGACUGCUUCGGAGCCAGCCUGGAUCUCCUUGGUGACCAUUCUGCUCCUGGUGCUGGGCCUCAGUGCCCUUCUUGGCCUGCUGCUGCUGAGAUGGCAGUUUCCUGCGCACUACAGGAGGCUGAGGCAUGCCUUGUGGCCUUCACUUCCAGACCUGCACCGGGUCCUUGACCAGUACCUUAGAGAUACUGCAGACCUGAGUAUGCCUAAGGCCACAGUCACAGAUACCUAUGACGAAGUGGAACCCAGCUUCCUGGAGAUCCUCCCUAAACACUCCGAGAGGAUUCCCUUGCCACUGUGUCCUUCCCAGGCCCAGACAGACUAUCGAGGACUGCAGCCUUCCUUCCAAGGGGCCUCGCCCCUGUCUGUAUGCCCACCAGUGGCUGAGCCAGGGUCCUGCCAUACUACACACAUUGCCAACCAUUCAUACCUACCAUUAAGUUGUUGGCAGCAGCCCUGAAGACAAGUCUCUCCUCCCAGGACCUGGAUACACCUAGACUUCUCCAUAAACUGCCCUUAACCUAUCCCAACACUGACACCUCAGCCUUCACCUCCAACCCCCAUCUUCCAGCCUGGUUGGGCUUCUCAGCACAGAUCUUUCCAUACUGCUGUUGACCAGCCCAGGACUCUGGCCCUUUAACUAAGGCCCUCUGACUUUACCCCUCUCUCUCUCCUCUUCAAAGCCAAACUCUCAUGAAAAGAAGUCCCUGCUUUCCUACUGAUUCUUUAGACUUCAGUUCGUUCCACUAUUUCCACUUUGCUAAUGAAGCUGCCCAGGCAAAUUUCCUUUCAAAUCCUCUCAAGGCAAGUUUCAUUAAGGUCGCGUUAAUCAUCAGUUUAUUUGAUCUCUCUGUGGCUUUUGUUGUGGUUGAUUCCUCAUUUCUCUUUUAAAUUCUCUUCCACUUUGGCUUCCACAGUGUCAACUUCUUUCCUAGUUCUACACCUGUCUGAAUAUACUGGAAGUUAAAAGAAUGUGGAGUCAGUUUUGGGUUCAAUUCCUGUCUUUUAUCCUUGCAAAUAACUGCAUUUCCAUCUCCAACCCCAUCUUUUCUCCUUGUCUUUACUAUAUGUUGGCCAAUCCAAAAUUCUUAACUGCAGCUCAGACUUGACUACAGCACCUAUGAUGUUUUAUGCAAGUAACGUUUUACAUGUCUGCCUCCUGCUACUAGAUUGUGAGCUCCUUGAGGGAAAGGGUCAUGACUUAUUUGUCCUUUUUUUCUAGCACUUAGAAUAAUGAUGGUGAAAUUUUCAGAGCUUUCAAUAAUACAAACAACCUGCUGUGACAUGCAUGCCAUAGGUUCACCACCACUGACCUAGAACAUUGUUUGGUGUAUGAUAGCAGGCCUCUAAUAAAUGAAUGAAGUCUUUCUGGAAAAUA